AAUCGGAUGAAGUCCGCGCCGUCGUUGCCAUUGCCAGUUUUGCCAACCAUGGUCGACAAGCCGCUGACGAGCCACGACGACGACGACGGUCAGUUCCAUUUCCAGCAAAAGCAUGUCUUCUCGACCGCCAACAACAUGAUGGGCGCCGUGUCGCUGCCGCAGUGGCUCUCGAUCCUGUACACGAACGGUCGCCACAUCGAGUGGCGGUACUCGCUGUGGUACCCGUCGCAUGUGAUUGACGCGAUCCCGCUGCCCGAGGACCCGGUCUUUGUCAUUGGGCACAUGCGGACCGGCACGACGCUGCUGCACAACCUCCUCGCGUCCGACGACGACUCGUUUUACACGUGCACGACGUUCUGCAUUUGCUUUCCGACGGCCUUUCUCUGGUUUGAAAAGUGGGGCAAGCGCCUCUUUGCGUCCAAGAUCCCGCCGACGCGGCCCAUGGAUGCGAUGCCUCUGCACUUUGAUUUGCCCCAAGAAGACGAGUGCGCAACCUCUGUCCUCUCGCACGGCGCCAGCUACUACCAAGCGUUUGCGUUCAUGGCCCAAGAAACAAGUCUUCGCAAGUUCUUGACGCUGGCGCCCGAAGACGGCGCGACGCCCGAGGAUGAAGCCCGCUGGACGCAGGCCUUUCUUUUCUUCAUCAAGAAGCUCACGCUGCGCUCGUCGCUGGUGCAGGCGCCGUCAACGACGCGCCGCCGCCUCUUGCUGAAAUCGCCGAUCCAUACGGCGCGCGUGCCACUGCUCCGCAAGCUCUUUCCUAAAGCGACGUUCAUCUACCUCCACCGCGACCCGUACAAGGUGCUCCAGUCGACUGCCCACAUGGCCAACACGAUGUUCUGGUAUGUCUACCUCAACACGCCGACGGACGAGCAAGUCAACGAGUACCUCCUCUGGCAAUUCGAACGCAUGUUCGACACGUACUACGCAGCGAGCCGCGACGCAACCACGGGCGCGCUGGCCAAGGACAUUCUCGAAGUGGCCUACGCCGACUUGGCGACCUCGACUGUCCACUCGCUCCAGCGCAUUUAUGCCCACGCGGGCAUUCCAUGGACCGACAAAAUCGAAGCCAAGUUUGAGGCUCAAGUCGCCGCCUUGGCCGGCUACAAGGUCAACGACUUUGUCGAGCUGCCGCCGCGUCUCCGCCACGUGAUCCAGACGCGGGCCGCGGGCUACUUUAAGACGUUUGGCUACGCCACAUAA